AUGGAUGUCCAUCUCUUAACGUACGACCUGUCCCGUGGACUUGCUCGGCAAAUGUCUCAAGGCAUGCUAGGAUUUCACCUCGAUGCUAUCUACCACACUUCUAUUGAACUGAACGGCCGAGAAUUUGUCUACGAUGGUGGUAUCGUGGAUAUCACACCGGGAACCUCUCACCUGGGUCAACCGAUGGAGCGGAUAUUUCUCGGCAGGACAGAACUGCCCAUGGAAGUCAUCGAAGAGUUCCUUGACUCACUAAGGCCGAUCUUUACAAUUGAGGCCUAUGACUUGUGGAAGCAUAACUGCAAUAACUUCUCUGAUUCCUUUGCCCAGUUCCUGUUGGGAAAGGGCAUCCCGGAGCACAUUAUCAAGAUGCCGGAUGCCGUGCUCAGCUCGCCUCUGGGCCGAAUGAUUAUGCCCCAGCUGACCCAGGCUAUGACCUCGAAUAGACAAAAUGGGUCGAUCUUGGGUAUCCAGAACAAUAACUCGGCCAAUGGGUACGGCUCAGCAUCGCAGCCUGCAAGGCCUCAGUCCAUUGUCAAGGUCGUUCAAAGUUCGAACGAGUUAGACGCAGUCCUCGACUCCGCGAAGAAGUCCUGCGCAGUGGUACUCUUCACAUCAGCAACUUGCCCCCCAUGCAAGAUGAUCUCGCCGACCUUCGACGAACUGUCUGCGGAGGCCGGAGACAAGGCUACCUUCAUCAAGGUCGACGUGGCUCGGCUCACUCCUGUGCCUGGAAAGAACUACCCGCGCGCAACACCGACAUUCAUCACAUAUUUACAUGGCGAAAAGGAGAACGAAUGGGCGGGAGCUGAUCCUGCCGCUCUCCGCGGCAACGUACAGCUUCUGUUGCAGAUGGCUUGGCCACGACACCCUCACGAAUCCCUGAAUCUCCCUAGCUUCUCGAAUCCAAAUGCUCGACCCGUCUUGUACUCCAAAGUUCCGCCUUUGGACAAGCUGAUGGCGAAGAUGGGACCAACGGCAGCAGAACCGGCCGUCCAAGAAGUCAAGAAAUUCAUUGACACCCGCGACAAGCAAGGUCCUGCGGCUGCCGUGCUUCCCAACCUCGGCCAAUUUUCCGACUUCGUGAAGAAAUCGACGCAGACACUCCCGGUUGAUAUUUUGUUCACAAUAGUCGAUCUCUUCAGAUGCGCACUUGCGGAUGCAAGGUUCAGUGGCUACUUUGCCGAAGAGAAGGACCAUACUACAGUGCAAGCUGUACUCGGCUUCGUCAAUUCUCAUAGCGAGUGCCCCUACGCGUUGCGUCUCGUAACACUGCAGAUGGCCUGCAACUUUUUCUCGACACCCCUCUUUCCAGAAGAGAUCCUCCGCACAGAGUCUCUGAGAGCACCCAUCAUUCAGCUGAUCUCAUCAAGCUUCCUUGAUGACAGCCACAACAACGUCCGCGUAUCCGCUUCGUCGCUCUUGUUCAAUCUGUCACUAGCCAGCAACAAGGCAAGGCGGGAGAAGAGAGACAUUCUGCCAGAGGGUGACUCGGUAGAGUUGGCCGCCUCAGUUUUGGAAGCCAUCGGGCAGGAAGAAAAGUCCCCAGAAGCCUUGCAAGGCAUGCUGCUCGCGCUCGGGAACUUGGUUUAUUGUACACCACUAGACAGCGAGGUGUCCGAUUUGUUGAGGACCAUGGAUGCAGAGGACGCUAUCCUCGCCAAGAAGAAGCAGUUUCCAGGGGAGAAGUUGAUUAUGGAAGUGGGAUCAGAGCUGAUGGGAAAGGGUCUUCGACGUCCUUGA